GCUAAUACCAUCCUGUUCCCUUGCCUCACUUCCAAAAACUUUGACGUAGCGCUUGAUACGGCACAGAUGUAGCUGACCUUUAUUUAACAGUUGAAAAAUGACUCCUAUCCUGUGGACUUCUUUUCAGCUUCCAGUUUCAAACUGUACCCUCAGACCCAUCUCAUUCGCUGCUCAGAAGAAAGCACUCCGGGAGAAAGCAAGCACAAAAUAUGACAAGAGUAUGGUUCUGUACAGAGAGAAGAGCACUGCUGUGGCAACCAAAGCAGAUGCUGUUCCUAGCAAUAAAGCAGAUUAUGUCAUCACUAAACUCGAUGAUAUAGUGAACUGGGCACGAAGGAGUUCACUGUGGCCCAUGACCUUUGGUCUGGCGUGCUGUGCAGUGGAGAUGAUGCACAUGGCUGCUCCCAGGUAUGACAUGGACCGCUUUGGGGUGGUGUUCAGAGCCAGUCCUAGACAAGCUGAUGUCAUGAUUGUGGCCGGGACUCUGACCAAUAAAAUGGCACCUGCUCUUCGCAAGGUCUAUGAUCAGAUGCCAGAACCGAGAUAUGUAAUUUCCAUGGGAAGUUGUGCAAAUGGUGGAGGCUACUACCACUACUCAUAUUCUGUGGUGAGAGGCUGUGACCGCAUUGUACCAGUGGAUAUAUAUGUGCCAGGCUGUCCCCCAACUGCCGAGGCCUUGCUGUAUGGAACCUUGCAGCUGCAGAGGAAGAUCAAACGUGAGAAGAAAGUUAAGCUCUGGUAUCGCAAAUGAGCUGUAUGGUUGUGGUUGAUUGUGGUUGCGGAAUGUUAAUUUGUAGGUGUAUGCUUGCUAAUGUUCAGUGUAUUGUGAUGAUGAUGAUGGUCAUACCUUUCUAAAUGAAGAUGGACAAUUUCUUACAGGAGUUGCUCUGGAUUGAGAUGUUAUCUCCUCUUACAUGUUGUAAAAAUAAACAAUCUGUAUUAUAUACCUCA